AGUGGUCCUAGUGCCAGAUCUUGUCACAAGAUGUGCAUUGACAUUCAACGAAGGCAGAUCUACACGCUGGGACGCUAUCUGGAUUCCUCCGUGAGGAACAGCAAAUCUCUGAAAAGUGACUUCUAUCGCUAUGACAUUGACACAAACACAUGGAUGUUACUAAGUGAAGACACUGCAGCAGAUGGAGGUCCAAAGCUGGUGUUUGAUCAUCAGAUGUGUAUGGAUUCCGAAAAACACAUGAUAUACACCUUUGGUGGCAGAAUUCUGACCUGCAAUGGCAGCGUUGAUGACAGCAGAGCCAGUGAACCGCAGUUCAGCGGGUUGUUUGCUUUUGACUGCCAGUGUCAGACGUGGAAACUUUUGAGAGAGGAUUCCUGUAAUGCCGGCCCUGAGGAUAUCCAGUCCCGAAUAGGACACUGUAUGCUGUUCCAUUCUAAAAAUCGCUGUUUAUAUGUGUUUGGUGGCCAGAGGUCGAAGACUUAUUUGAAUGACUUCUUCAGUUAUGAUGUAGACAGCGAUCAUGUGGAUAUCAUAUCAGACGGCACUAAGAAAGAUUCAGGGAUGGUUCCAAUGACAGGUUUCACUCAAAGGGCUACCAUUGAUCCUGAACUGAAUGAAAUCCAUGUCUUGUCAGGGCUCAGUAAAGACAAGGAGAAGCGGGAAGAGAAUGUAAGGAAUUCCUUCUGGAUUUAUGACAUUGUGAGGAACAGCUGGUCUUGUGUCUAUAAGAAUGACCAAGCAGCAAAAGAAAAUCCAGGUAAAAGCCUUCAGGAAGAGGAGCCCUGCCCAAGGUUUGCCCAUCAACUGGUGUAUGAUGAAUUGCACAAGGUUCAUUACUUGUUUGGAGGGAAUCCUGGCAAGUCCUGCUCUCCAAAGAUGAGACUAGACGAUUUCUGGUCUCUGAAACUCUGUCGACCUUCAAAAGAAUACCUGCUGAGACACUGCAAAUACCUCAUAAGAAAGCACAGGUUUGAAGAAAAAGCUCAGACUGACCCCCUUAAUGCACUGAAAUACCUGCAGAAUGAUUUGUACGUAACUGUGGAUCACUCGGACCCCGAGGAGACAAAAGAGUUUCAGCUUCUUGCCUCAGCACUAUUUAAGUCUGGCUCGGAUUUCACCACUCUUGGAUUUUCAGAUGUUGACCACACGUACGCGCAGAGAACUCAGCUGUUCGAUACACUAGUCAACUUCUUUCCAGACAACAUGACCCCUCCUAAAGGCAACCUGGUGGACCUCAUCACGCUGUAAUGGAGCAAUCACUGGACAUGUGGAAGAGGGGAAAAGCAUCCAUUUUCAGUAUUUUAAUUUUUUUACUGCAUUGAUUGACUGCUGGGAUGACGUAAUAUAGUAACCCCUAGGUGUUUGAACGGGGUUUUAUACUUGUAUGGUGAAUCCCUGAAGCUUUUCCCUUGGAGUAGGUUAAUAAAAUGUAACUGAUGUACUUCCGACUAAA